AUGCCUGAGAUCAGGGUCACGCCCCUGGGGGCUGGCCAGGAUGUGGGCCGAAGCUGCAUUUUGGUGUCCAUUGCGGGCAAGAACGUCAUGCUGGACUGUGGGAUGCACAUGGGCUUCAGCGACGACAGGCGCUUCCCAGACUUUUCCUACAUCACCCGCAGUGGCCGACUGACUGACUUUCUGGACUGUGUGAUCAUCAGCCACUUCCACCUGGACCACUGCGGGGCACUCCCCUACUUCAGUGAGAUGGUGGGCUACGAUGGGCCCAUCUACAUGACCCAGCCCACCCAGGCCAUCUGCCCCAUCCUGCUGGAAGACUACCGCAAGAUCGCCGUGGAUAAGAAGGGCGAGGCCAACUUCUUCACGUCCCAGAUGAUCAAGGACUGCAUGAAGAAAGUGGUGGCCGUCCACCUCCACCAGACGGUGCAGGUGGACGAUGAGCUGGAAAUCAAGGCUUACUAUGCGGGCCAUGUGCUGGGGGCGGCCAUGUUCCAGAUUAAAGUGGGCUCAGAGUCUGUGGUGUACACGGGGGACUACAACAUGACCCCAGACCGGCAUUUGGGAGCCGCCUGGAUUGAUAAGUGCCGCCCCAACCUACUCAUCACAGAGUCCACCUAUGCCACCACCAUCCGUGACUCCAAGCGCUGUCGGGAGCGAGACUUCCUGAAGAAGGUCCAUGAGACUGUGGAGCGUGGUGGGAAGGUGCUGAUCCCCGUGUUUGCGCUGGGUCGUGCUCAGGAGCUCUGCAUCCUGCUCGAGACCUUCUGGGAGCGCAUGGACCUGAAAGCCCCCAUCUACUUCUCCACGGGCCUGACAGAGAAGGCCAAUCACUACUACAAGCUCUUCAUCCCCUGGACCAACCAGAAGAUACGGAAGACCUUCGUGCAGAGGAACAUGUUUGAGUUCAAGCACAUCAAGGCCUUUGACCGGGCAUUUGCCGACAGCCCAGGACCCAUGGUCGUGUUUGCCACCCCGGGGAUGCUGCAUGCUGGCCAGUCACUACAGAUCUUCCGGAAGUGGGCAGGGAACGAGAAGAAUAUGGUCAUCAUGCCUGGCUACUGCGUCCAGGGCACCGUGGGUCACAAGAUCCUCAGUGGGCAGCGCAAGCUGGAGAUGGAGGGGCGGCAGGUGCUGGAGGUCAAGAUGCAGGUGGAGUACAUGUCCUUCAGUGCCCACGCGGAUGCCAAGGGCAUCAUGCAGCUGGUGGGCCAGGCGGAGCCAGAGAAUGUGCUGCUGGUGCACGGCGAGGCCAAGAAGAUGGAGUUUCUGAAGCAGAAGAUUGAGCAGGAAUUCCGGGUCAACUGCUACAUGCCGGCCAAUGGUGAGACGGUGACACUGCCCACGAGCCCCAGCAUCCCUGUGGGCAUCUCACUGGGGCUGCUGAAGCGGGAGAUGGCACAGGGGCUGCUCCCUGAUGCCAAGAAGCCUCGGCUCUUGCACGGCACCCUGAUCAUGAAGGAUAGCAACUUCCGGCUCGUGUCCUCAGAGCAGGCCCUUAAGGAGUUGGGCCUGGCCGAGCACCAGCUGCGCUUCACCUGCCGUGUGCACCUGCACGAUACGCGCAAGGAGCAGGAGAUGGCCAUGCGCGUGUACAGCCACCUGAAGAGUGUCCUCAAGGACCACUGCGUGCAGCACCUUCCUGACGGCUCUGUGACCGUGGAGUCCAUCUUAGUCCAGGCUGCCGCCCACUCUGAGGACCCAGGCACCAAGGUGCUACUGGUCUCCUGGACCUACCAGGACGAGGAGCUGGGAAGCUACCUCACAUCUCUGCUCAAGAAGGGCCUGCCCCAGGCCAGCUGA